GGCUGCAAAUUAUCUCAGUAAAGCUUCUAGCCGAGCCAGAUCGAAAGAUUUCAUCAAACCACUCAAUUCAGCGUCGACCCUCCAAACCUGCGUCAUGGCGUCCCGGAGACUGGCUUUGAACCUCUCGCGAGGUCUGCGAAACCGUGCUGGUCUUUCGGCCGCCGCUCCUUUCACACGAGGCUUUGCCACUCCCUCUACCGUCGGCAAGACUCAGACUUCGACUCUUAAGAAUGGAUUGACUGUCGCUACCGAGCACUCGCCCUUUGCGCAAACGUCGACCGUCGGUGUCUGGAUCGAUGCCGGUUCCCGGGCUGAGACUGACGAGACCAACGGUACCGCCCACUUCCUUGAGCAUCUCGCUUUCAAGGUUCGACAACCCAUCAAUUGGCCGAGACCAAUCGUUAACAAUGAAAUCAGGGUACCGCCAAGCGAACUCAGCAGCAAUUGGAGUUGGAGAUUGAGAACAUGGGUGGUCACCUGAACGCCUACACUUCGCGCGAGAACACCGUCUACUUUGCCAAGGCUUUCAACUCUGAUGUUCCCCAGUGUGUCGAUAUCCUCUCCGAUAUUCUCCAGAACUCCAAGCUCGAGGAGUCCGCCAUCGAGCGUGAGCGCGACGUUAUUCUCCGAGAGUCCGAGGAGGUUGAGAAGCAGGUUGAGGAGGUUGUUUUUGAUCACCUCCACGCUACCGCUUUCCAGCAUCAGCCCCUUGGCCGCACCAUCCUUGGCCCUCGACAGAACAUCCGCGACAUCACCCGAAAAGAGCUCACCGACUACAUCAAGAACAACUACACUGCUGACCGUAUGGUUCUUGUUGGUGCCGGUGGCAUCCCUCACGAGCAGCUCGUCGAGCUCGCUGAGAAGCACUUCUCCGGUCUUCCCUCAAGUGCUCCCCAGACCAGCGCCUACCUUGCCUCCAAGCAAAAGGCUGACUUCAUGGGCUCUGACGUCCGUGUCCGAGAUGAUGGCAUGCCUACUGCUAACAUUGCUCUCGCUGUUGAGGGUGUCAGCUGGAACUCUGAGGACUACUUCACUGCCCUCGUUGCUCAGGCUAUUGUUGGCAACUACGACAAGGCUGUUGGCCAGGCUCCCCACCAGGGCAGCAAGCUCAGCGGCUGGGUCCACAAGCACGACCUCGCUAACAGUUUCAUGAGCUUCUCCACCAGCUACAACGACACUGGUCUCUGGGGUAUCUACCUUGUUUCCGACAAGCCUGACCGAGUUGACGACCUUGUCCACUUCGCUAUCCGUGAGUGGAUGCGCCUCUGCACCAACGUCAGCGCCGCCGAGACCGAGCGUGCCAAGGCUCAGCUCAAGGCCUCCAUCCUCCUGUCCCUCGACGGCACCACAGCCGUUGCUGAGGACAUUGGCCGACAGCUCGUCACCACCGGCCGCCGCAUGGCCCCUAACGAGAUUGAGCGAAAGAUUGAUGCUAUCACCGAGAAGGAUAUCAUGGACUUCGCCAACCGAAAACUUUGGGACCGGGAUAUUGCUGUUAGCGCUGUGGGAACUAUCGAGGGUCUCUUCGACUACCAGAGACUUCGCAACACCAUGAAGCCCAAGUUUUAAGGUAGAGAGGGCUGAUGGGAUUGUGAAAAUCGAAAUAAGGGUAUAGAGUGUAUGAGAUACCGUUUACAGGCCUAGUGUACCAUAAGAUUUCCUCUGUUCAUGCUAGGUAACACGGAGUUGUGAUAAUUGUGUCUUGACUGUACUGCCAUCCGUAGCUAAUUGCAAUUUUGUCAUAUCGCGUCUGUAGUGCUUCUGAGGUAGCGUCUAUGAUCUCCCUUGAAUUAGAAUGUAUUGUGUCAUGAUCAUUGAUUAGAUGAGAAGAUGGACACCUAGCCCUCCUCUGCCAUCUCCUCGUCGACAUCCUCACCAAACAUAUCCUCGACUGUCCCACCCUCAACUCCAUCUCCGCCAAUAUCUUCAGGCUCGGGACCCUCAAUACCCUCCAUGGCAUCACCCCCUUGAUCCUCUUCCUCAUCGUCCUCUUCAUCCCAUACAUCCUUCAGUCCCCAACUUGUGCCACUCAGUACGAACCGUUCGCUUGGUAGUCGCACACCCCAUUCACUGGGCACAAUUUUAGGCAGUGCCACCUUGUUGCGUUCGCGCGCAAGUUCUUGCAUGUAGUCUUUGCUAAUUCCCCCACCUGCGUUUCCUCCGCGGAACUGGUAGCUGAGUCGCGCAGCAAUGGCGAGCUUAACGGCAUUGGCUGUGACUGCAGCGUCGCCUGCAGGUGCUGAGAUUGCUCCAGCGUUUGCUGAUGGCUUAGAACCGGCCUGUGUGACAUAUGGGUCGCCGGAAAGAUGUAGCGCAUCGCUGAGAACAGAUGAGGUAUGACGGUAGGCGAAGUCGAGAAGGAGGAGGGGAACGCGUGGCUCGUAAGCGGUGACGCCUUGCGAUGUGAGCAGUAGUUCGAUAAGCCUUGAGUCGCGCGGUCGAGGGGCGGUUGUUGAUGGCGCAGGAGGAGGUGCGUUCUGUGAGGCCGCAGCAGCAGGUUGGCUAGAAGAGGCCGCAGUGGUUUGUGUGUUUGGUACUGUUUGCGAAGUGCCUGCUGAUGAGGCGGGAACCCCGUUUGUUUGUGGUUGACUUGAUGACAUCUUGAUCGAUGCUGCAAUGCUUCGUAAUAGGUAUCUCGGAUGCGACUGUCUGUGAAAGCCUCAAGGCGAUAUCACGCGAAGCAUUCGAGUUCGUGUUUGGCAAGGCUGAGAGACGCCCGUACUAUGAAUGAGUGAAGUUGACAAAAUACAACUGAUGUAUGUGAAUGAGAGUGCUUUGAUAUUUGGGAAAAAUGCAGUAAAAGUUAACGUUCCAAGUCGAGAGCUUAUUGAAACUCGAAUUAUUUCCUUUGCGACGGUGAAGUCGCAUGCCGCGUGCUUU